GGGAUGCUGGAGGGGAGCACGGGCCGGCCGUUUGUACUCCAUGCAACUGAAAAGAAUUUAAUCUGCCUUGUGCGACGCCAUCACUGUGUGUAAAAGCCAACAGACAAAAUGGCGAAAUUGCCGAAAUUUUCUGGCAACUCAUGUCCUGGCGUCUGCGAAAAUGAUCCAGAGGUGUCGGUGAAUGCGGGCGGCUGAGCCAGAGCGGCGUGCACGGCGCAGGAUGUGGUAAAUCUCGUGUGAUGCCGAUUCGCCGAGCAGCAGCGACUCCGACCCAGGAGAAGGCCCCCUCCGCUGCAGCAGAGAAAGAGCCUGAAGCCUCCUCCGAGGAGUCGCCCUCUGCUGACGAGGAGCAGGCUGCGUCUUCGGCCGCCACAGCGGAGGUCAAGGGGGCCGAGGCCACGGGUGAGACGGAGCCCACAGAGAAUGGAGAGAAGGCUGAAGGAGCCGCAGAGGAGAAGGGAGGAGAGGGGGCGGAUAAGAAAGAUGACAAAUGCAAGGACUGCGCGGCUGGACAGUGCGCAACACACUGCUAUGUUCUCCUACUAAGGUUGAAGGACGGCUACAAGUACGAGAAGUCCAAAUCCAAGAAGGUGAAACGGACGAUUCCUGCUUGGGCUAGCGUCACUGCCAGCAAAAAAGUUCCCGUUACCAACUUUGCAGGCACUCAGCACAGAGUGGAUAGUAUCAUCAUCGAAGCUAUUCAGGAUUGUAACGACAGAACUGGAGUUUCAUACAAGUCCGUCCUGAAAUAUAUUGUGAAAAAGUACCCGGGGAUGGAGAUUAGUAAGAAGAAGUUCCUCAUAAGGAAAGCAAUGAAGAAACAUUUGGAGAAGGGCAACAUCAGACAGCUGAAGGGUAAAGGCCUCUCAGGAACCUUUGCCAUUGGGAGGCAGUCCACGUCGUCUAAGAAAGCUGCCCCGAAGUCUGAGUCUCUGGGAGAUGCUCUUCCACUCAUCAUCACUCGGCUCUGUGAGCCCAAAGAGGCGUCCUACUACUUGAUCAAGAAAUACCUUGAGCAGCACUUCCCCAGCCUCAACAUCGAAAACAGGCCAGAAGUCCUGAAGUCAGCCCUGGCGAAGGCAGUGGAGAGAGGACAGCUGGGACAAAUCACCGGGAAAGGAGCCACAGGGACUUUUCAGCUGAAGCGAACUGGUAACCAGAUCCUGCUGAAGGGCGGCGACCUGGAGGACGCCAUCACAGCCGCCAUCACAGCCAUGAAUGAACCUAAAACCUGCAGCUUCACAACUCUACGCAGAUACCUAGUAGACGCCAACAAGGAUAGAAAGGAGUACCAGUUAGUGGCCAAUCUCAGGAGGACCCUGACGAAGUGUAAAGUACUCGGCUGGAUGGAGCAGAUCACCGGUCACGGCUUCACAGGCACCUACCAGCUCUCGUUCCCUUUCUACCCCAGCCCAACCACCCUGUACCCAGACAAGUUCAAAAAGCUUCAGAACAAAACCACUGGGCCUCCACCCAAGCGGAGGCGGGCGGCCGAUUCUUCUGACGAGGAAGAAGAAGAGGAGGAGGAGGAAGAGGAGGAGGAGGAGGAGGAGUCUGAAGAUGAUGCACCCUCACCUAGGAGGAAGAAGAGGCCUCCACCCAAAGUGCGUCGCCCUCCGCCAGCCAAGAAGUCUCGGAGCGCCAGUCAGUCAAAAGCUAGAGGGAGGGGACGCCCGUCAAAGAAGUCUCCAGCCAAGAAAGCAGUCUCUUCAGCUAUUAUGUCGGCGAGGAAAAAGACAGCUUCUAAGAAGAAAUCUGCGCAAACGCCAUCUAAAUCCACGCCUGUCAAGAGAGGAGCUCCUGCAAAAAAGCCCAAAACACCAGAGGUGAAAAAGAUGACCAAAAGAGGGGCCAAGCGACCGGUGUACAGAGAGUCAUCGGGGGAGGAGGAGGGUGGGGAGGAGGGGGAGGAGGAGUCUGAAGACGCAAAGGAGACGAUAAAGAGGGGGUCCAAGCGAUCGAAGUCUGCAGAGUUGUCCAAUGAGGACGAGCCUGCACCUAAAAAGCCAGCGACCAAAAGUAGGUCCAGGCAGGCAAAACCUGAAGGGUCAUCCGGGGAUGAAGCCGUAGUCAAAAAGGAGGCAAAGAGCAACAAGAAGUCCACUCGUAAGUCCAACAGAGGGAAAAACUGAGCCCGGAGAGCGGCUGCCACGGACUGGGCCGCUCUGAAUAUGCAGCAGUCUGCCGCUUUUUGUUUCAGUGCUCUCUCUCUUUAUAUCAUUGUUUUCUCCCUUUUUAACGGGGCAGUAGUUUAUUUUUAUUUUUUAUUUCUACUGUAGAAUAAGAACGUUAUCCUUACCGGUUAAGUUUACUGUACGUUGAGAGUUUCUGAACCUCCUUUUUAUUCACCACGUGUAGAAAAAGCUCAGUUAGUGUUGCCGUCUAAAAACAGAUGUGAGACCUGCUGCCAGAUCAGGAAAGCAUAGCAAGAUCCAACAAACUGUAACUAGAGCCAUGUAGUGACUUCCGUUUUUAUAUCUGUUCCUCAUCAGAUCUUUUAGGUGUUGGAAGCACACGUUCCUAAUAUCACAUGAAGCAAAGUAUCAGUGUUACGGGGGGUUGAAAACGAUGUCCCUUUUUAAGUUAAAUUAUGGGUUGAAAAGGUUAAACCGUUAUUAAUAAUAUUAAUGUUUUAUAAAAUGCAGAUUUUAAGGUUAUUACAAUGUUUUGGUCAUGCAGCACUGCACCAGAAUUUGAAUUUAUAUCCAUGUGUGUCCUCAUUGAAUAACGCCGAUUGAUAUUUGUUUAUUUAAAACGUUUAAAAAUGCCCUGAGAAUAAGAUUAGGUGACCUGCAGGUGACAGGUUGACAUAUUAACAGAGGAUAAAACACUAUGUCAGUAUCGAUUUUAAAAACAAGUUGCCUUGGGGGGGAAAAAAGUGUCUCUUUUUGAUAUAUGUGUGUGUGUGUGUGUGUAAAAGGAAAAAAAAAAACAGCAUAUACAUAAAUCGAUUUAAUUGCUUCACAACUGUAAUUCAGUACCAAACUGUAAGAAAUGUGUGUUGUGAAUAAGACAAAGGAGGAUACUAGCUCAUACAUACCCUGCAUGCAUGUAUUCCUUGUGUUGUUAAGCUGUUUUUUUCAAGUCAUUAAUAAAAUGGCUAUAUUUGUAAAA